AUGAAAAUUCCGACAACUAAGUUGACCAAAGCUGUUUGCAAAAACUCAACAAGUGAAAUUAUUCGCAAGAAAUAUGGCAAAAACGAAAACGUAAUUAUUCUACCCAUUUUCUUGGCAGUUACCUUGAACAAGACAACUUGCGAUAAUGAGUUUCAACAAAUACAAUCUACAUCUUGUGGCAUACAUCAAUUGAACGAGUCAAUUAACUGGACAAAAUGUGAAAUUUGUAACGAGUGGAGACAUCAGCUUUGUGAUCAAUCUGCAAUGGAGUACAAAGAUGAAUUAAUUUGUGAAAAGUGUUCUAAUACUAUAGAAGACUAUACUUUUGCAGAAAAAUUUCUCUUGUGGAGCAUGUCGCUUAGACAUGGGUUCAAUUUGAUUCCUGCAAGAAUUGGAUACAUCAAAAUUGUCAUGACUCUACAGAUGACUGAAAGUGAAAGGUUAAAUUUGAAAUUAAAAUCUCGUAAUCAACGCACCUUCUACAUUUGGAAAACUGAAUCAGUGAAACGAAUAACGGCUUCGUAUUUUGGUAAAAUUUGGAAGGCCCAAAAUGAGAAAACUAAAAUAAGUUUAGCAAAGAAAAUGCAAAGUUUCAAAUCUCUAGACCAUAUUGCAGCUGUGCGAUAUGGUAUAAGAAAUGAGGAAAAAGCUAUAAAAAGAUAUCUAGAACUGACAGGUCAUCUCUACACAAAAGCCGGAAUUUUUAUUCACAAAGAAUAUCUAUUUAUUGCCGGUUCCACAGAUGGACUUAUUAACAAUGACCUGAGCCUAAUUAUUGAAGUGAAAUGUCCCUUUCCUGGAAAGGUUAUUGAAAUUCACUUAGAAUAUUUGGACCAAACAGGAAAUUUGAAAAAGACCCAUCCUUACUAA